GCGUGGUGGACAUGCUGCAUGCAGAGGGCGGCGCCAAGCGGAAGCACGGAUUGCUGGCCGUCGGCAUUGAUAGGGUUGGGAUUGGCACGGACAGCACGGCAGCGCGCAUGCAAUCCCGACCUCCCAUGCGGAUCGGGGGGGUCGAGAUUGGGAACAGAGCGGAGAAGGUGAGGGUAGCCAGGAGCAUUUCGCGACUGCACUGAAGAAGGACAGUUCGACGCGAUGGUGGAGGACGGCGAGGGGCAGAUUGGCAAUUGUGACCGAUCCGACUUCCCUGCAUUCCCGUUUAAGCCGUAUGGCAUUCAGCUGGAUUUUAUGCGCGCCGUCUAUUCGACGCUGGCUCGAGGAGGCAUCGGCAUUUUCGAGAGUCCGACUGGCACAGGGAAAACGCUCAGUUUAAUUUGCAGCUCGCUUCAGUGGCUGUGUGAUCAGCAUGAAAGCACACUGUCGUUGUCAGCGACCAGUGACAGAGAUGCUGCCCGAGGGAUCUCAUCUGCUGGAGGUGUCGUGGACGCUGCGACGCCUUCUAUUGAUGAGGAGCCUGACUGGAUGCGAGACUUUGGCGAAAAGCAGGAAGAGAAGAAAAAGAAGGAGAUGGAGAUGCAGAGGGAGAAGAAAUGGCGCAGCCGGAGCAAAGUCGGGACCGAUGGGCAUCUCAAGAAGGGAAUCUCCCAUCUAAUAGAGAAUGAUGAAUCGUCUGAGCGACGCAUGAGGGAAUUAUCUUCUGAAAUUGCAGCCAUUGAUGCAAUGUUUCGAGACGAGGGCAGCACUAGGGGUGGGGUUGAGGACGACUCUGAGUUCCUAGUGGAGGAGUGGGACAGCGAUAAUGAUGAAGGGCAAUUUGCUGGUGGAAAGAAAGGAGAGCCGAAGAUGAGAAGGAAAAGGGCACGUGGCCGGGAUUGGAAUGCCCUGAUCGAUGGCCGAGAACGUGGAGGUUUUGACAGCGGCGAUGAAGAUGACGAGGAUGGUGACGAAGUGGAUGACGGGGAAAAUGGCUGUGAUUCAGAGCCCCUCAAGAUUUUCUUUUGCAGCCGCACUCACUCCCAGCUGUCACAGUUCAUUGGAGAGAUAAAAAAGACGACGUUUGGAGAUUCUGGCAUGCGAAUCAUCUCCCUUGGCUCCCGCAAGACGCUUUGUGUGAACGAUGCGGUCCUCAAGCUCGGAAGCGCGGCGGCAAUCAAUGAAAGAUGCCUGGAGUUGCAGAAGAGCAGCAAGAACAAGAAAGUGGACUCCUCUGGUGGCAUGAGAGGGCCACAAAAAGGCAAAGUGAAAAGCAGUGGAAGCUGCCCAUUUCUUAAGAAACCAAGUCUUCAGCGUCAGUUUGCUAAACUUGUGGAAGACUCACCUCCUUUGGAUAUUGAAGAUCUGGUUCGCUCUGGUCGCCGGAUCGGAACCUGCCCAUACUAUGGAGCUCGACAUCUGCUUCCUCGUGCCGACCUUGUCAUUCUACCGUAUCAGUCAUUGCUUCACAAGAGCACAAGAGAAUCGCUGGGUGUUAAGUUAAAAGACUCCGUAGUCAUCUUUGAUGAGGCUCACAAUCUCGUCGACACGGUUGCAGCCAUCCACAGUUAUCAAGUGUCAGGCCUGCAGGUGGUGGCUGUGCACUCGCAGCUAACCUCGUAUUUGGAUAGGUUCAAAGACCGACUGGCAGCGGGUAAUCGGCGCCACAUACAAACUCUCUUGGUCCUGACAAAGGCUUUCAUUCAGAGGCUUGGGCUGCCAGCGAAUGCAGAAGAAUGCUUGGCCCAGUGUUGGAGUGGAGUCCAGGAGAUCGGUGAUGAGCAGGGCAAUGUGGGAUCGGGAAAGUCAGCACAGAUGAUGCCUCUGAACGACUUUUUGUUUUCGCUGGAAAUCGACAAUCUUAACCUAUUCAAGCUGGAGCGCUACCUGAGGGAGAGCAAUGUUGUACACAAGGUGAUCAGCGACGCCCGUGCUGUUGUUCUUGCUGGCGGCACUCUUCAGCCAAUCAAUGCCCUCAAGGAGCAGCUUUUCCCUCAAGUUCCUUCCGAUCAAAUGCAUGUAUUUUCAUGCGGUCACAUCGUUCCACAGGAGAGCGUGCUCACGCUCGCGCUUGCGAAAGGCCCGACGGGAAAGUCCUUCAACUUCACAUUCCAGUCUCGGAGCUCUCCUGAACAGAUAACGGAGCUGGGGCGGUUGAUGGUGAAUUUAUGCUCGAUCGUGCCGCAAGGUAUCGUUUGCUUCUUCCCAUCAUUUGCAUACGAGACCACGGUUUACAAUCAUUGGAUGCGGAGCGGGAUCUUAUCAUCCAUUGAGGGCAAGAAGGUUAUUUUUCGAGAACCACGAAAGACCAGUGCCAUCGACAAGGUCCUCGACGAGUACAGGCGAGUAAUCCAGGGCGGCGGGGACACGGCGGCCACUGCACACGCGCCACCGUCACAGUAUACCGAUGAAGGAAAUGCCGUGCCGAGUUUCUUGGGUACAGCCAAAGCGGCGCGUCAGAGUGGUGCGGUAAUGCUCUGUGUGGUGGGGGGAAAGCUUUCAGAAGGGAUCAACUUCAGUGACGGCAUGGGACGCUGCGUCGUUAUGGUAGGACUUCCAUAUCCAAGCCCAUCAGAUCCCGAGCUGGUCGAGCGAAUGCGGUACCUGGAUGAGGGCCCCGAGUGUUCCGACGCAGUGGGCAAUCCACUUUUUUGGCCUAAAAGUGAUGAUGAUAUGCUAACAAAAGCCGCUGUCGACAAGCUCAUCGCCCCAUCUCCAGGCGCAGACAACCGUCUACCGAAAGUGAAGCUGGCCCACGCUUUGGGUCGGGGAACUCCCGGUCCCGAUGGACAAGAGGGACGCAAGAAGAAUGGGGGAACGAGUCGCGCUGGACCUGGUCGAGAGUAUUACGAGAACCUUUGCAUGAAGGCGGUCAACCAGUCCAUAGGUCGAGCAAUACGACAUGCGAACGAUUACGCUGCCAUCAUCCUCGUGGACGAGCGGUACACCAAUCCCUCAGGGCCCGUCAUGAAGCUUCCGGGCUGGAUCAAGGAGAGGCUGAGAAAUGUGACUGGUAGCUUCGGAGAGGCGAUCAGAAUGCUCCACACAUUCUUUCGACACAAUAAGUUGAAACAUUCAACCUCAUCUGUGUAAUUUCAAGGAUGCCAAUCCCAUUGUCAAUCAAUUUCAAAAUGUAAG